AUGGGGUCCUCUACUUCGUUCCUGCCGAAGUGCGUCCAGUACACUACAUGUGAUAGCUGUAAAAUAGACUUUCAGCGCGCGGAAACAUUUUGUGUGGAAUGUCGAGAGUUCCGUUGUCCUAACUGUUCCUUACCUCACCAAUCACGUGAUCAUCGACAGUUGUCGCUACCGCCAGACACCAUUCCAAGUCGAGAGGAAGUGUGGAAAGUAUGCGAUCAGUGUGAACAGAAAGACGUAGUAGCAGUGUGUAUUACAUGUAAGGAACUACUUUGUAACAGUUGUGGUAACAACCAUAAAAUCACGAGAUUCAAAGACAUUCACAGUAUACUUGAUUUUCUUAUCCAGUCGACAGGGAAUAGUUCUGACAACAGCACGGAAUCAAUUCGUGACGCACCUGAGGUUCCACUUAAAGCAUCGUAUUGUAAUAAUUUCUCUUCUAGAGUUCCAGGUGAUAGAAAAAAUCGUCUGAUUGAAAUCCAGAGAAUCGUGACUUUAUCUGAUGAUCGGAUAGUCGUUUUAGAUAAGGAGAAUUCAAAACUGAAGCUAUUUGAUGCUGAUCUCAACUUCAAACAUUGUUCCAACAUGGAUGAAGAUCCAGUAGGAUUAACAGUGGUAGACAAUUGGACACUCGCUGUUUCCGACAAGAAAACAAACUGUAUAACGUUGUAUGCAGUACACAAAAACACAUUGCAAAAAUAUAAAUCGAUAUCUGUCGACAAGGAGUGCUGGAACUUAUACGAUAUUUCCUACAAGAAUCAAGUUUUUAUCUGCUUGGCCUGUAACGAAAGUGAGCAGAGAUGUAGUAUAGAUUUGGUGGAUAUGACAGGACAUAGAGACAGAGUUAUAGAGGAGGACGGGAAUUAUGAUCUGGGUUCUCAUAUCGUAGCUGGAACCAGAAAUUCGUUUUAUGUGUCUGACUACUAUAAAGACCAAGUGAGAUGUAUAACAUACACAGGAGAACAACUCUGGACGGUGGCGACACCUGCUGGACCAAGGGGACUAACCCUGGUUAGGGAUAAACUCUGUGUGGUUUCGGUAGUAGAGGGUAUGGUCCUACAAGUCUCUAUGGACGGUACAAUGUCUGACCAACUACUUGUGCAAGGAUUGGUUCAUCCUCGCUGCAUUUGCUUUCAAAAACAGAGAAACACUUUCCUUGUUGCACACGAUCAGGCGGACGCACUUAUCAAAACAUACAAGAUCGAAUAA